AUCUUCCCCUAAGGAAGCAAGUCCCCUUCCUCUGUUUACCUUCGGCUUCGUUUACUGGCUCUCCUCGCCAGACGGUGGUUGGUUAUUGAGUUUUUUCUUGUUGCUGCCCUAGUUGUCGUUGUUGUUCUUUCGUUCCUUUCUCCCAGAAGGAGGCUUCUUAGGCCCCAUUUUCGUCUCACCUAUAGAAUCGGGAAGAAAGACAAACUGCCAACGCCCACUUUAUUUUUCAAAGCAACUCCUGAAUGACAGUUUAGAUCAUAGAGACGACGGCAUGACAGACCUAACGUGGGAAGAGAGGCUAGCGCUGCCCUUCUUCAAGAUGGCGGCGAUGGCAUCGCUUUCCCUUUUCCCGCUGCGUAGCGCUUUCUCGCUUUCACUUACCAAGAUGGCGGCGGAUGGGCCGCGGGCUUUUAACUGACGCCUACCCGUUUUUGCUGGUUCUGGUGAUCUAAGCUUUUGAUACAAAGUUACACUGGAAAGGAAUGAUGGCAGCUUUGGAUACUAAAGCAAAAGCAAAAAAAACUCUGGGAACUGUUGAUUAUGUGGAGUCAUCAGAAUUUGCACAAGGAAUUCUGCCUACAAAGAAGGAUGUCAUUCAGAACAUGUUAUAUCUGUUGCAUCCAAAAAGGGCCGGGCAAGCCCAGCGAUCUAAAGAAGAUGCUGCCCAGUUGCUUGCUGAACUUUUGCAGGAACACUGGUUGUUUUGCAAUUUGUAUACCAUAGCAACACAGAGCAUAAAGAUGCAUAUUCUUAAAGUGUACGAGGAAUUCUCAAAAUUGUAUCAGUCCAGAAAGCGAAGAAAAAAUGAGCUGUUUACACAGAAAGCAGAUGAUUUCAACAGGAGCUCAGAGCAGCUUUUUGAUAUAUUUUGUACAGAUACAGUAACAAGAGAGAAAUUGGAAAAAUACAGUGGUGUGAAGAUGACUGACAUUGAGUGGAAAUUUCUUGAAGAUCAGAGGAGUGAAAGAAAAAUGUACUUUGAGGACUUCAUGGAUAAGAAACAAAUGGAAACAAUAGAAAGACGAAGAAAAGUAGAGUCACUGGAGCACUUCAGGAAGAUUGCAGAAGAGGAGAGAGAAGCUUGUAAGCGUAAAGGAAUGACUUCCAAUAGAGAUGAGCAACCAGUUGAAGAUGUAAAAAAUAGGAAUAAAGAUGACACCUGCCUUGAACGCAGCAAAGGAAUUGGAGACUUUUCACAUAAGGCAAAAAGAAAACGUCUAUCUUCUGGUUGGAUUACUGGGACAGCAACUUCAACUAGCUAUAGCGAGUCAGUUCCACCUGAGUGUCAGCAUAUACGUAUGAGCAUCAGAAAAGUCAGACCAGGAUUCUAUGAGACUUUUGACAAAUAUGAAAACUGCUAGCUUAUUCAAAAUCUCUAGAGGAGGUUGUUUCUGUUGAAGUUUACAGAGUUUUGGGAGAUCUUAAUACCCUGAGUAAUUGGAAGUUGAUGUAGAUAAUUAUGUUGGGCUCCAUUAAUGUACAGCAACAACACCAAAUCAAUAGCACCAGUAGAAAUGGGCUUUUAGCUUACUGAAAAAGAUUAAAAUAAAAUAUGAUUUGUUUAGUCCUGUAUUGAUACCUUCACAAGGUGAAAUCAUUAGGUACUAAAAGCUAUAGUGUAGCAAAGAAAGACAGAAAAACCAAUAUUUGGAAGUAAAGAAACCAAAUGCACAAGAAUAGAUUAAGUUACCUAAGAGUAAUUUAACCACUGGAACAGACUUCUUAGGAAGGUGGUGCAUUCUCCAUUACAUACAGUCUUCAUGUUGGGCUGUACACUCCUAAAACACAGAAAUGUGAGGAAAAAAUGCAAAAUCUCAUCCUACAAAAGACACAUUAAAUAACCUGUUGCCCAUUCCAACCUCAGUAUCUCCCAAGACUGGAAGACUAUGUACAAUUCAAAAAAGUGGUAACAAAUGAGAUGGCAGCUAAAAGGAAAAUGUGGUCCUGAAGCUGUAUGUCACAAUGCAAAAUUUUUUUGAGGUUCACAAUAGAUGGCUGACUAUCUGGCUGUUGCAACCACUAAGCACCCCUUAAGGGAAAACAGUAAUUGGCUUGGGUGUAGAAUGUGCUGUAGUUUUCUGCAACGCUGCCCCCCCAGCCUCUAAUACGUGUGUGGUUUUAAGAGACUGAACAUAUACAACUUGCCAUUAAUUCAUGGAGACUUGAAGGGGUUCUGCACCUUUCAGACUAAGUAUUUGCAGGAGAAAGAAAAUAGAUUCCUUUGCUUGAUCUUGCAGAUGCAUAGUUCCUAAGAGACCUCUACAGUUUUGACAACCAGCUUUAAUAGAUAGCAGUGGCUCGUGUGGGAUGAAAAGAAGGGUUAGGGAAUUUUAACAAUGGUUUUAGGUAUAAAUGUGGUGACAACUAUUUGUAUAUUUUCUGCAUUCUUAGCAAUUAAAUAUCAGUGGUGAGAAA